GCUGGCUGUCCCUAAUGUCAUUUGAAGAUCAACUUAGCUGCUGCAUUCUUCCUUUGUUUUCCUAGAUCUGAAAAAAUGGCUUACAAUCUUCAACCCCUCAUCACCAUUCUUGAAGGAAUACUUGAUCCUCACCAACCACGAUGGAUUGUCGAUGAAAACAAUCCUCAACUCCAUUCCCUCCUUGACAAAGCUACUUCUCUUCAAAAACUCCUUGAUAGUAAAUCUUCACUCACCAAAAUAGAUAGUAGUUUGGAGAGUCAAAUCAGAGAAGCAGCACAUCAAGCUGAAGACAUCCUUGAAUCCCACAUGGUUGAUCAAGUGCUCUCUGGAUCUAAUUGUGUGAGAUUCACUCUUUCAACACCAGGUCUGCAGCAAGUAGCACAAGAUCUUGAUUCUGUUAUGGAGCAAGCCGAGAAGCUCAUGGAGACGGAGGAUAAGAAACUUGAUUCUACUGUGGAUAAAGUGUUGAAGCCCAUGGAAAUGGAGGAUAAGAAGAAGCUUCCAGAACUUGAUUCUUCUAUGGAACAAGUGAAGCUCGUGGAGAUGGAAGAUAAUACGAUGCAGUCUAGCAGUUCGUCAAGUUCCAAGAGUGUUGUGGUUGGAAUUGAUGAAGAUCUGAUGCAGCUCAAGGAUAGGCUGACCGGGAUGCAGAAGAAGCUGGAGAUCGUCCCCAUCGUUGGUAUGGGCGGAGUAGGUAAAACCACUCUUGCUCGAAAGCUUUAUGAAGAUCUUUUGAUUGUUGAUAACUUUGCAUAUCGUUCUUGGGCCACAAUCUCACAAGAUUACAAUAUGCCACAAAUUCUCAAAAGCCUCCUUAGUUGCAUAAUUGGACAAGAAUGUGAUGAACAUAGUGAUGAUUUAAAAGAUAUGUUAUAUAGAAGAUUGUACGGUAGGAAGUACUUGAUUGUAUUAGAUGACAUAUGGAGCACAAAAUUCUGGGAUGAGAUAAGGAUGUACUUCCCAAAUAACAACAAUGGGAGUCGCAUUGUGAUAACUACUAGGGAAUCCGAUGUGGCAAACUAUGCAGACUCUUUGAGUUCGCAUCAUCGGGUGCAAUUGCUAAGCAGGUUAGAAAGUUGGAAUCUGCUACACCGACUUGUGUUUGGAGAAGAAAAUUGCGCUCCCGAAUUGGAUGAAAUUGGUCAAAAGAUAGCCAGCGAUUGCAGUGGGCUUCCUCUAGCCAUCAGUGUGAUUGGAGGGAUGCUAUCUAAGAUGGAAAGAACAAAAGAUGUUUGGGAGAAAAUUGGGGACAAUGUAAUAACAGCAAUUUCUAGAUCAGACGAGCAAUGCUCUAGUAUAUUGUCUUUAAGUUAUAACCACUUGCCGAAUCACUUGAAACCAUGUUUUUUGUACAUGGGAGCUUUCCCUGAAGACUUCGAGAUUAGUGGCUCCACACUCGUACAAUUGUGGGUUGCUGAAGGAUUUGUAAAAUCAAAUGGGGAAAGAAGUUUGGAGGAAGAGGCCGAGGAUUGGCUAAAGUAUUUAAUAGAGAGGAAUCUAUUUUUGGUUAGAAAAUACAAAAAGAAUGGAAAACCAAAGAGCUACAGCAUGCAUGAUAUGUUGAGGGAUCUAUGCAUUCUGAAAUGUGCUGAAGACAAGCUUUUUUAUGUGACGAGUGGUCCCAAUGUCACAUUCUCUAAUACACGCCGCAUCAGAUUUGACUCAUCAAAUGGAAAGGUCAAUGCUAACGCUCUAAUAGAGUCCAUGUCACUUACUCGAUCUUUUAUAUGGAUUCAUAAUCGCCGCAAUCAGCUACCAUUUGGUGUCUUUUCCGUGUCAAGAUUGCUAAGGGUGUUGUAUCUCAUUAAUGUCAAGUUCACUGAGUUCCCAACUGAAAUAUUCGAAUUCGUCAAUUUACGCUUCUUAGUUGUCGGCCUAGUUGUCACCCUCAUUUCAAGGUAUUUUACACAUAGCCGUGUAAAAAUACCUAGAGGAAUAUCAAGAUUGAGAAAUUUACAAACCUUGAUUGCUCCUCGUUGCGAGUUUGAUGUACCAUCUGAGCUAUUGCAGCUCUCUGAGUUAAGAAAUGUCAAUGUGUUUGGAUUUGAGUUGUUAAAAGAUGAGGAAAUGAACUAUAGUGUUAUGAAGAAGCUGCAAAUGAUUUCAGUUGUGGGUGUAGCUGAAGAGGCAACUAAUUUGGAUGCUUUCCUCAAAAGCAUUCCAAAUAUAAAAAAAUUGGCAAUUAAUGGUCGCCACCGAAUGAAAUCCACUACAUCUGAUUUCAGCCAUCUUCACAAACUCGAAAUAUUAAGAUGCAAAGGUUUCACCAUAGACAGUCCUGACAGUUCGGAUUGUCGUUCCAAAGUAAUAUUUCCUCGUAAUAUCAGAAAACUAGUACUGGAUGGGUGUGUAACAAAUUCAGGAGUGUUGAGGACUCUGUGUGCCUUACACAAGCUGGAAGUGCUCAAGAUAGCUGGUUGCAAGUUUAAAAGCGAGGAGGAGAUACGUGAAGAUGAGUGGGAGUUAGCAGAUGGAGAUGUGUUCUGUUCACUGCAGAUUCUAUCUCUUCGAUCUUUGGAUGUUGUGCGUUGGAUAGCUGAUGAGACCAACUUCCCUAGACUCCGCCACCUCUAUAUUCUUUUCUGCCGGAAGCUAAAGGAAAUCCCUAGCAGCAUUGGAGAAAUCCCAACGCUCCAACUAAUCGAUUUACAUGAUUGCACCGAAUCCCUAGUGGCAUCAGCAAAAAGGAUUAUGGAGGAGGAAUAUGAAAAUGGCAACUACGAUCUCAAACUGAGUAUCCAUUGAUUGCACUUCCAAAAGUGUAAGGAGUCGGAUGCUACAAGCUUUUUAUCCUCAGAUGGAGGGCAGGAGAGACUAUGGAACGAGCCAGCACGCCACAACUCACUAUUUUCUUGCAAGCUGAUGAGGCCAACUUCCCAACACUUUUGACUUGUUAUCUAGGCUACUUGUUGUGUCUUCAACUUUCUUUAUUUAUGUCUUUGAUCAUCUAAUUGUGUUGUUCUUAACACUACUAUGAUGUGUAUGUGGAGAUGUUGAUGCAUUCGAUUUCUUGAAUAUCGACUUUGAGCUUCAUCAUGAAAUUAAUACAUCACAUCUCCGGAGCUUCACUGGUUUUAUGAAUUUCUUGAUUACUUCA